UCUCACCCCAUCCUCCCUGGCAUUGAUACCAAGCACGUUCUUGCAUAUAGAGGGAAGCACCCAUUACCAUCUCCGAUUGUCACUUCUUUACCAGGGCCAAGAUGUCAGCCCCUAAUGAAACCGAGCGCCAAGAAGACGCCUACUUCUCCUCGCAACCUCCCCCCAAGAACCUCGAGUCCCAUGUCGCCGCCGCCCGCUCCUUCAUAGACCACCACGCGGCCUCCUCGCGGCGCAUCGUCCUCGUCACCUCGGGCGGCACGACUGUUCCGCUCGAGAAGCAGACGGUCCGCUUCAUCGACAACUUCUCCGCGGGAACCCGCGGCGCCACUUCGGCCGAGUACUUCCUCGAGGCCGGCUACGCCGUCAUCUUCCUGCACCGCCAGUUCUCCCUGCAGCCCUACUCGCGCCACUACUCCCACGCCACCGACUGCUUCCUGGACUUCCUGGCCGAGGGCGACGAUGGCACCGUCGUCGCCAACCCGGGCCACCAGGAGCGCAUGCGCGCCGUGCUGCGCAAGUACACGGCCGCCAAGCGCAACAACAUGCUAUUAAUGCUGCCGUUCACGACAAUUACCGACUACCUCUUUGAGCUGCGUGCCAUCGCCGGGCUUCUGAGGCCCCUGGGCCCCUCGGCGCUGCUCUACCUCGCCGCCGCCGUCUCGGACUUCUUUCUCCCCCAGGACCGCAUGGCCGAGCACAAGAUCCAGUCCACCAACGCCACCGAAUCGUUCGGUUCGGGCGCCACAGUAGCGCCCGUCAAAGACAACAGCAAUGGCAACGGCAACGGUGCCAGCUCGGAAGACGAGGAGACCUUUGACAACUUUGACUCCUCCCCCAAGGUCCCCCGCUCCAAGCGCCUCAUAGUGGACCUCGACCCCGUGCCCAAGUUCCUCCAGAACCUCGUCGACGGCUGGGCGCCGCAGGGCAUGGUCGUCAGCUUCAAGCUCGAGACGGACCCGGCCAUCCUCGUGCACAAGGCCAAGUACUCGCUCGAGCGGUACCAACACCACCUCGUCAUCGGCAACCUGCUGUCCACGCGCAAGUGGGAGGUCGUGUUCGUUGCCCCGGGACAGGCCGACCGGUGGGUCCGCGUGCCGAGCGCCCAGCGCAAGUGCCCCGCCGGUGACGGUUCCGAGGCGUGGGAGGACAAGCCGCUUGACCCGAGCGCGCUGCCGGAGGGCGACCCGGAGGUGGAGAUCGAGAGCUUGAUCAUUCCCGCCGUGCAGGAUUUGCAUUCGCAGCACAUUCAGUCGCUGCAAAAGUGACGACAUUUCAGUUGAACGGGAGACGUUGUGUUUUUGACAGACUUUGGCGAGCGUCACGUAGCUAACGGCAUAGCGCGCAUACACGGUAAUAAAAGGAUUCGGAUACAUAUGUUUUUUGUCUUUCCAAAGGCCUCCAAACCGUUCGCUGUGCGAUGCUAGAACAUGAAACAUAAACCUUCUUUUUUUUUAAUCCACAGUCCGCGCAUCCCUUAUUUGGAAGGCGACAAGCGCCACGCCCUCAUGGGAAGUGACUGCAGAUGCAAGACUCUAGGGCGAAUGUAAAGCAUAAAUGUGA